UUAGAAUGGUAGUUCUAGGUCAACGGGUUCAAGUGGGUGAUUUCUAUGCUGUGGUCAAAUACAUGGGCCCUGUAACAGGAACUGAUGGAGAGUGGUUGGGAGUAGAGUGGGAAGACGAGGGGCGUGGUAAACAUGAUGGUUCUUAUAGAGACGUCAAGUACUUUGAAGCAAAGCCCCUACACGGUAGCUUUGUACGAUCACACAAACUGAAUCCUGGCUUGAGUUUUAGUGAAGUUCUCCGACAAAGAUACGCUGACGUUACUGGUGUUGGUGAUGAAAUGUCUAUUGUAAACAAAGAUAACUCCAAAACAAAUGUUGAACUGGUCGGUUUAUCAGAUGCUGAUAUUAACAGAGCAGCUCAACUCACCAAUCUUGUGAUGAGAGAACAGAGUAUAAUAUCAGUUGGUGAUGAUAGCUUCAUAGAAGAGAAAUGUGUAAAUGCUGAAAACAUGGAUAUGUCAUUGAACUUAUUCCACGAUAUUAAUACCAUACUUCAAAUCUUACAUCUCAUGCCCAAAUUGAGAAGCGUACAUCUGAAAGGUAAUGUACUGUUGAAUAAAGAUGUAUCAGAUGUCGAACAGCCCCACCCCUAUUUGGAAAGGAUUUAUCUUGCCGGCACAGGAUUAUCGUGGGGAGAGUUCUGUAAACUAGCGGAACACUUUCCAAACAUUCACGAAGUCUACAUAUCCGGCUCAACACUGAACAUCUGCGACACUCCCGCACACAUUCUACAGCAAAUGACAGUGCUUGACGUCCAGCACUCUGACAUAGUCAACUGGAGCACGCUAAACGAUGUGUCCGCGUUACCGAACCUCCAUACGCUGAUAUUAUCGAACAACUCAAUAUCCAGCAUCCAGAUAUCACCGGGCCAGUUCAGUAAACUCGAGGCGCUGUCAUUGGACAACAACAAGCUGAACGAUUGGUCGAGUGUGGCUGAACUCCGCAAGUUGCCGCUGUUAAAAACACUGAGAAUCCGCCUUAACCCGCUUAUAACUGGGCCAGGUCUUGACAUGAGGCUUCUGGUUGUUGCCAUGUUACCUGCCGUCAAGAAAUUAAACGGGACUCCUAUUUCUGACAACGAACGACUUCAAGCUGACAUUUUCUAUUUGAAACAUUUCGCAACGGAUUAUUACAAGGGGGAGUCUGAUUUCCACAUUAUGCACACUCGAUACAAAGAGUUAGUUGUGGAGUAUGGAGAGCCCGAUACGGGAAUGCCUAAGAUCAAGUCAAUCAAGGACAAUUCCAUCAUCGUGAAAAUUUUAAAACCAGACGGCAAAGAAUUUGAAAAGAAGCUCUUAAAGACGACUCUCGUGAAACAUCUCCACCUUAUCGUUCAAAGGCAGUGCAAGAUUCUUCCAAAGAAUCAGAAAUUAUAUUUGAUCGAUCCAUCGAAUGAUAAGAUCCAUUUGGAUGAUCCAACAAGAGAUUUGGCAUAUUUUAACAUAGAUCACGACUGCACAGUUCACGUUGAAACAUAAUUAAAUCAGCUACAACAAAUAUGGUUCAAACAUCCUAAUUCGAAACAUAGAAUAAUAUUGACCUAGAAUACUCGCAUAUUUGAGACAAUCGUUAAAUGUACAAAAGUUUAAUCAUUAUAUGUAUAUUUUUGUUGGUUUGUAGAAAAGUUUUCUAAAAUAUUCUACUUAUUUGUUCUU